CGGCAUUCGAGCGCCUCAUCUUACUCCCAGCGCGAAUCCAGCGUCGAGCGAGGACUUUCACUCAAGCUGACUUCCCCUCGUGCACGAUGGGUGAGUUGCCGCCGGCGUCAAAGGUGUCCGGUCAUGAGCUGCGCCUGACCAAGCUGGAGGAGUCACUGUUCGAGCUGCUGCUCAAUGUGGUCAAGGACAAGGGCCUUCAGACCACGUUGCGAGUGGCGGGCGGAUGGGUGCGGGACAAGCUGGUGGCCGUCUAUCAUCCACAGCUGCUGAGCGAGACGGACACCGCCUCGCCCGACAUCGACCUUGCUAUCGAGGGCAUGUCGGGGGUGGAUUUCGUACAACACGUCAAUGAGUGAGCGGACGGAGAUACACGCAGACAGGACGGAAUGGCGGAGCAGACACAACGAAAAUCCAUCCAUCUAGAUGUGCAUCCUUCUGUGUGUGUGUGUGUGUGUAGUUGGUUGGUGGUGAAAGGUGAGGCCCCGCACAAUGUCGGCGUGAUAGCAAGGAACCCCGACAAGUCGAAGCAUCUCGAGACCGCGACGGUGAAGCUGAUGGGUGUGUCGGUGGACUUUGUCAACCUUCGCACCGACACGUACACGGAGGACUCACGGAUACCCACGAUCGAGCCUGGCAAGCCAGAAGAAGGUACACACAAUCACACAGAAGGGGGGAGAAAGGCAUCUUGGUUGUGUGCGUGUGAAUGGGGUGGCGUCUUGUGUGUAUGCCUGUCUGUCUGUCUGUCUGGGUGGGUCAGAUGCGCGUCGUCGUGACUUCACAAUCAAUGCCCUCUUCUACAACCUGAACGAGAAGAAAGUGGAAGACCUCACCGGUUAGGGAGGCAGACGAGGCACCGACCGACUGCACCAACCAAACAUACAUCCCGUUUCGUCCUCUUCCGUGUGGUAUGCGGUGCCUAGGUCGUGGCAUCGAGGACCUGCAAGACCGUGUUCUACAGACGCCGCUGGAUCCUUUCCAAACGCUGCUGGAAGACCCUCUGCGUGUACUCAGAGCCAUCAGGUGCACAGAGAGACGCCUGCUGCUAUCAACACAAGAAUAGAGUCACUACGCAUGUUUGCGUUGAUCUUUCUGUGCAGGUUUGCGUCUCGUUUCGGCCUCCGCAUUUCCUCUAAGCUCGAGGAAGCGUGCCGCGACGAGCAAGUGCACCAAGCUCUCAGAAAUAAGGUGGCUGACGACUCACCAAGUGCACACACACACACAGACAGCAACACGCGCUUACAUAAUGCAUUCUCUCUCUACGUACAUGCAGGUCUCCCGCGAGCGCAUAGGUGCCGAGCUGGACAAGAUGAUGGGUAAGGGCGACCCUCUUUACGCCUGGCAGCUGAUCACCUCUUUCCGGCUGGCCUCCAUCCUGUUCCGCCUCCCCGAGCUGUUUUAUCGCUGCGUGAAGCCUUCCUCGCCCACUGGCGUGGUGUCGGAGGCUGGCAACGCUGUGGUGGUUGACACGCACAGGGUCUUCAGCGAUGGCAUGCGGACCGUGCAGAACCUGCACAGUAUCAUAGAACAGUACGCAUGGAAUGGAAAAGUACUUUAGUGAACGAACGAGGCAGGACUGACACGACGCAGAAAGGGAAAAGUGGCUGUAUGUCUUUGUGUCCGUGUGUAUGUGGCUAUUAGGUUUCAUAACAACGGUACGCGGUUGAUGGAGCAGUGCGAGGUGGACGAGAAGAGACUGAUGGAAUAUGCGGCAUUCCUCGCGCCCUUGGCCGGUCCGAAGACACACACAUAUACAGACACACACAUAUACAGACACACAAACAGAAAUACUCAUACAGAGAAAGAGAGAGACAGGGAGAGGGAGAGGGAGAGGGAGAGGGAGAGAGAGACUCGAAGGCACUCACAUCUCCCGAACAGAGUAAUCCAUGAGGACCGCGUCUGCCUGUGUGUCUGUAUCUGUGUGCAGGUUUGCAGUACAAGGGCGAGAAGGGUAAAUCCUUGCCCGUCAUCCCAUACCUCAUAGGCGACCAACUCAAGCUGCCAAAACGUGACGCAGACCGGUGAGUCCGCGAGUGAGCAGACACGUGCUUUGUUUCUUUCUUAUCUAUUUGUUCCUCGCUGUCUGUCUGUCUGUCUGUCUGUCAGUGUCGAUCUUAUCGUAUCGACAGCUUGCAGCUUCCAGCGUCUGGUCGGUGAGUGGGGUAAGCGAGGCAUCCCACGCCCUCCCUCAAUGGCUGCGGAUCGCUCCGACCACGAGGGGGCAGCUCAGCCUCAUGCUGAUGACGCCACACUCGUAGAGGGUCCCGGUUUGUCUCCAUCUGAGCAGCAGUACCGCGUGAAUCUUGGCUUGCUACUCAGACGAGCAGGGCAGCUGUGGAAGGUACGUAUACACAGCAAGCAACGACCAAGCACACGGCACGGAGGUAUACUCAUGUGUGUAAAUCCUUGUGUUGUAUCCCCCAUUCGUCCGUAGGCAUCCCUGCUGGUGGCGAUGGCCGACGCUGUCCGUAGAGUGCCAGCCUCCUCAUCCCACGCUACGUGCGACUCUCCCUCCCCGCCCGUCACAACGGGCGCCCCUUCAUCUGACGUGCCAUCUGUGCCCCUCAACUCAGCACAAAGAGAUCUCGUAUCGGCUUACAAGGCCGUCUAUGAGUCUGUCGAGCAGUUCGGUCUCGUCGGUGUGUGGAAGCAGGCCCCGCUUCUCAACGGCAAGGCGGUCAAGGGGCUGCUGCCUCGUCUGCGAAAGGACAGUGAGUUCAAGGCGAUUAUGGACAAGCAGAUGGAAUGGGUGCUAAGCCAUCCGAGUGGCACAAUCAACGAGUGCACAGGAUUCAUUCACCAAGAAUGGGAUAAUUUCUCUGGGCUGUCUGAGCGCGUGAGCGCGCGUGAGUGAGUGAGUGAGUGUGUGUUGGUGAGCGGUUGAUUGUAAAAUGCAUGCAUGGGGGCCCACGUGUACAGACAGAUGUGAGAUGAGAGGACGGAGGAGGCUUGUAUAGUGUGUGUCUUACAUGUCUGUGCAGUUGCUGUCAAUGCUUGACUUGUGAAUGCACUGACAGUCAUUGACACAGUGGCUAAUUCGACAACAAAUGAAUUCGAUCCUGC